AUGAAGCUCAUCCUGGUUUUCGUUUUGGCUGUUUUGGCUGGUUGCGAUGCCAAAGCCAUGCAGCAGAACCAGCCCAAGCCGCAGGUGGACAUGGUCAAAGAUGCCUUUUGGGACUAUGUUGCCAAGGCAACAUCGACAGCUGGAGACUCACUGGCGCUGAUCAGACAGUCGGAUCUUGGAAAGGAAAUCAACACCCUGAUUUCUGGGAGCAACGAUGCCAUCAACAGGUUCACAGAUGUUCUCCGCACUCACGUGACCCAGGACUUCACGUCGCGCUUCUUCGAGCAGGCUGAGCAGCUAAAGAGCCGCCUGGAGAAGGAUCUGUCGGCCAUGAGAGCCCACUGGCAGCCGUAUGCCGACGAGGUGGUGACGCACUUCCAGGAGCAGGUGGAGGACCUGAAGAAAGAGGUGUCCUCUUACGCUGAGACCAUGGACUCGGAGGCUCUUAAAGCCGUCCUGCUGAGGAAAAGCCAGGAACUGAAGAGCCAUCUGGACAGAAACGUCGAGAAGCUGCACACUCAGAUGAUUCCUUACACUGAGGAACUUAGGCAGAAGAUGGAGAAUAGCCUGGAGGAGUUCCAGAAGAACAUGAUGCCCCUGGCCCAAACGUUUCACAGCCAGCUGAGGGAGAAGACUCAGGAGAUCCAGGAGAAGCUGCUUCCUUACGGGGAGGAGCUGAGGGCCAAGAUGGACAUCGACACCCAGAACCUGAAGGAGCAGCUGGCUGCUCUCUGGGAGUCCUUCACGAAGCUGACACAGUAA